CCAAUCUACAGUUAGUUACCUAGAAGCUGGCCCAAUGUCAUAAGGUGGUCGGCGGCGGUCGCGUGAAACUGGACUGCGAGAGGGGUUGCCAUUACGCACCAUUUCUCUAACUGGCUUUUUGACAAACAGAUGGUGAUCCUUAAACCUCCAAUGUAAAGAGGGGUGCUUCAAGAAGUUCGUUGACGAAUCGAAUGCAGAGAAAGGAAAAAGGCCGUUGUUAGUUGUUGCUUUAACAACGAAGUACACUCAGUCUGACGCGAAAUUCUUCAUAUGAUGACCACCAGGGGGGUUAAAUCUGGAGUCAUUGUCAAUAAAUUGAACGAGGCUUGUAGACCAUACCCAUACUGCUUCCAGGUGUUUGUGUAUAUGUCUCUGAGAAGAAACUCGAAUGUGGAUUCUUUAUUUAGGUGGUUCCAAACCAGAUUCAUGACCAGUAGUAAGCGUGUGCAAGAUCGAAGCAAGAAUAAGAGAAUACAUGAUCUUGAAAUCAUUACGGAGAAGUGGAAGAUAUCCUCUAAAGUGUUGUUCUUGAUGGAGGUUUUGAAACAGGAACCGGAGAUGAUUAUCCCAAUAAGGAAUUUAGAACAAUAUAGGAGGCAAUUUAACCUGCCUAAGCCCCAUAAGGUAUCGGAUUUCAUUAGGAAAAUGCCAAAGUUGUUUGAAUUGUACAAGGAUCAAAGGGGAGUGUUGUGGUGUGGAAUGACCAAGCAAGCGGAUGAUUUAGUGGAGGAAGAGGAGAGGUUGCUUGAAGAGAAUGCAGACAAGGCAGCGGAGUAUGUUACAAGGUGUCUAAUGAUGUCAGUGGACAAGCGGCUGCGCUUGGAUAAGAUAGCAAAUUUUAGGAGAGAUUUUGGUUUGCCAAAGGACUUUAGAAACAAAUGGGUGCACAAUUAUCCUCAGCAUUUUAGAGUGGUCAAGCUUGGGGAUGAAAUGGAGUACUUGGAGCUUGUCAACUGGAACCCUGCUUGGGCUAUCACUGAAUUGGAGAAGAAAGUAAUGGGAGUUCAUGAAACCGAUGUUCACACACCAGGAUUGCUUUCACUGGCUUUUCCUUUGAAGUUCCCUCCCAAUUACAAGAAAUUGUACAGAUUUGGAGGAAAGAUUGAGCACUUCUCAAAGAGGUCCUAUUUAUCUCCAUAUGCUGAUGCCCAAGGGCUCCAGGCUGGGUCCAAAGAAUUUGAUAAACGCGCAAUUGCUAUUAUGCAUGAACUGCUUAGCUUUACUAUCGAGAAGAGAUUGGUUACAGAUCACCUCACACACUUUCGCCGUGAAUUUGUGAUGCCACAAAAGUUGAUGAGGCUUUUUCUGAAGCAUAUUGGUAUUUUCUAUGUGUCCGAGAGGGGGAAGAGAUUUAGUGUAUUCUUAACAGAAGCUUACGAAGGUUCAGACCUGAUUGAGAAAGGCCCAUUUGUUGUUUGGAAGGAAAAAAUACUUAACCUUGUUGGCUUUAGAGGAAAGAAGAAGAAGAUUGGAACUUUCAGUGACUUCUCUGACGAGGAGGAUGACACUUUAAUUCAAAGUGAAUCUGAUGAUGAAGACAUGGAAAUGCAAUUUGAGCAAGAGGAGACAAUGGGUGGUUUAGAGGAUGCUUUGCUUACAGACAGUGAUGAGAUGGAGAUAGAAGAGUUUGGCAGCCUGUACAAGGAUAGUGAUACAUCUUGAGGUCACAAAGUUUUCUCUGGUCUUUAUUUUAUUUUUUUCUACUUAUUUUACUUUGGAAGAUCUUGUGUUUCCCAGUUGAGUUUUAUAAGUGCGCUCAUUGUAUUUUUGAUAUGGUGACAGCAAACAGAUCACAUUUCUGAAAUUGGAUUCUUUGUUUAGUUGCUGUACA